GCAGAGAACAAAGAAAUCAGAGUCUAUUUAAAGAGGAGCAGCCCGUGACUCCCGCACUGCGCACCGCACACACCGCUGCGCCAAACCCAGCCUGCCUGUGCACCGCCUCGGCUCCAGACGGCGGAGAGGAUGCGGACUUCUCUGGUCGUGUGCUGCUGCGUCUUUGCGCUGCAAUGCCUCCCGAGCACGCUCUGCCUCCCGGUGCGAGGGUCCAGCCGGUACAAGGUGGCACCGGUCUCUGAAAAGUUCCCUGACCUGAAGAAGAGAGGGAAGGCUCCUCACGCUCAGGACUUAGUGAAGGAGACGAGUUUGUCAAACAACACCUCCAACACAUGGAACCGACCUCGCUGUGGUGUACCGGACUACCCCGCCCAAAAGGGGGUGCACCAUCGGGGACGACACCGCCAGAGACGCUUUGUCCUCUACGGAGGACGUUUGGACAAAACGGACCUCACCUACAGGAUCGUCAGGUUUCCGUGGCAGAUGGGCGAGGAGAAGGUUCGACGCGUCUUCCGGGAAGCGCUGCAAAUCUGGAGUGACGUCACCCCGCUCACCUUCACGGAGAUCCACAGCGGGAAGGCCGACAUCCGCAUCGACUUCACCAGGUACUGGCACGGAGACAACCUUCCGUUUGACGGCCCGGGUGGGAUCCUCGCUCACGCUUUCUUCCCCAGAACACACCGACAGGGGGACGUUCACUUCGACUAUGAUGAGUCCUGGACGCUUGGGAACCACAUGGGCACAGACCUUCUGCAGGUCGCUGCCCAUGAGUUUGGGCACGUCCUGGGCCUGCAGCACUCCCGCGAACCAGGAGCCAUCAUGUCCGCAUACUACACCUUCUCCUACCCGCUGAGGCUGAGCGAGGACGACAAGCAGGGCAUCCAGUAUCUGUACGGAACUCACCCACAAGUCCUGCCCUCGCCGCCUCCGCCGCCGCCGCCGCCGCCCCCACCUCCGUCCAACCCAGAGACCAACGAGAUCCUCACUGAUCCCGACGCCUGCCAGACGGACUUUGAUGCCGUGUCAAUGAUCCGAGGGGAGCUGUUCUUCUUUAAGUCGGGCUACGUGUGGCGGAUCAGGGACGGGCAUCUGGAGAGCGGUUACCCGGCGCUGGCGUCCCGUCACUGGAGGGGGAUUCCCGACAACAUCGACGCAGCCUUUGAAGACAAGUCAGGGAAUAUUUGGUUCUUUCAAGGUGAGAACUACUGGGUGUUCGAUGCCGAGAUGCAGAUCAGAGGGCCGGAGUCCAUCCGCAGCUUGGGUCUGUCGGUGUCCGGGAUCCAGGCGGCGCUGCGCUGGGGCCACGACUCCAACUACAACACCUACUUCUUCAAGUCAGGCAGCUACUGGAGGUUCAGCCKCCGAGAGAACCGGGUGGAGUCCGUCUACCCGCGCAGCAUGCAGGAGUGGAGCGGCAUCCCCGACGACGUGGACGCAGCUUUCAGGGACGUCUACG